AGUUACGUACGUUGACUUUGAGAUGUAAUUUGGUCUAUAAGUAGCAUUCGCAUUUUCUAACUUUGAGAUAUCUUAAAGUCAGACUAUUCACCUCAAAAGUUCUAAGCAUAUCUUUCUUCAGUCGCUCUUAAAACCCGACAACCCAGGAGCCUCAUCAGAAGCAUAAAGAUAAUCUUGAAGAAGGCAAAUGGCUGAUAAUCAGCAGCUAGGAGUGCUCAAAGCACUCGAUGUAGCUAAGACACAGCUGUACCAUUUCACGGCUAUUGUUAUCGCCGGAAUGGGUUUCUUCACCGAUGCCUACGAUCUUUUUUGUAUCUCAUUGGUCACAAAGCUGUUAGGCCGCAUCUACUACCACAAGAACGGAGCAGCUAAGCCGGGAACACUGCCACCAGAAGUGGCGGCCGCAGUCAAUGGUGUGGCUCUAUGUGGGACACUUAUGGGUCAACUUUUCUUUGGGUGGCUUGGAGACAAACUAGGCCGGAAAAAAGUUUAUGGAAUCACUUUGAUUAUGAUGGUCGUUUGCUCUGUCGCAUCCGGUCUUUCAUUUGGAAAUAGUCCCAAAGGUGUCAUGACCACUCUUUGCUUUUUCAGGUUUUGGCUUGGAGUUGGUAUUGGAGGUGACUAUCCACUCUCAGCAACGAUAAUGUCUGAGUAUGCAAACAAGAAGACUCGUGGUGCGUUCAUCGCGGCCGUGUUUGCUAUGCAAGGAUUUGGGAUCAUGGCUGGAGGCAUCGUUGCGCUAAUAUUCUCAAGCAUUUUUGAUCAUCAAUUCCCAUCACCUAUCUACAGUGUAGACCCUGUUGGCUCGACCGUACCUCAAGCUGAUUACUUAUGGCGUAUCAUCCUUAUGGUGGGUGCUCUCCCCGCCGGUAUGACCUAUUACUGGCGAAUGAAGAUGCCCGAAACUGCUCGUUACACUGCUUUGGUUGCUAAAAACAUCAAACAAGCUACACAAGACAUGUCUAAAGUCUUGCAGGUGGAUCUGGAAGCUGAGGAAGAAAUUGCUGAAAAGGUUGUUCAAGAUCCAAAGCUUAACUAUGGCUUGUUUUCCAAGGAAUUCCUUAAACGCCAUGGACUUCCUCUCCUUGGAACUACUUCCACUUGGUUUUUGCUUGACAUUGCAUUUUACAGUCAAAACUUAUUUCAAAAAGAUAUAUUUUCUGCCAUUGGGUGGAUCCCUGCUGCGGCUACAAUGAAUGCUAUCCACGAGGUUUACAAGAUCGGUAGGGCGCAGACCCUCAUUGCGCUAUGCAGUACCGUCCCAGGAUACUGGUUCACGGUUGCGUUUAUUGACAUCAUGGGAAGAUUUGCAAUCCAACUAAUGGGAUUCUUCUUUAUGACCGUGUUCAUGUUCGCUAUAGCUUUCCCUUAUGAUCAUUGGAUCAAACCCGACAAUCGAAUCGGAUUUGUCAUUAUUUACUCCCUAACUUUCUUCUUUGCAAAUUUCGGUCCAAAUGCAACUACAUUUGUUGUUCCAGCUGAGAUCUUCCCAGCUAGGUUGAGAUCCACAUGUCAUGGAAUAUCAGCCGCAGCAGGAAAGGCGGGAGCUAUUGUGGGCGCGUUUGGCUUCUUAUACGCAGCUCAGUCAAAGGAUAAGACCAAGACAGACGCAGGUUAUCCACCGGGUAUUGGUGUCAAGAAUUCGUUGAUCAUGCUUGGUGUUAUCAACUUUGUUGGUAUGCUCAUGACGUUUUUAGUACCUGAAUCUAAAGGCAAGUCUCUUGAGGAGCUUUCAGGUGAAAAUGUAAAUGAUGAGACGGCCUCGUCUGGGGUUUCUACCUCCGGAAGAAACUGAAGUCUCUUUAGAUACGAACCAAAUGCUAUAGUUAUUUCGUCCAUUUGAUUUUCUGUAAAAUUUGUUGUUUAUCUUCUUGUGUGAACAAAUCAUAAUGUAUUAAAGAGCUUAUUGUUUGAAUAAGGUGUUAUGUAUAACAUUACAAUAAAGGGAAUCAACGAAAUAUUUUCCACAAUUUGGAG